UUAUUGCAAAUUUAUAUCGAUUUCUAUAAAUACCUAUUCAGUAACGUGUUAUUUAAAAUUCUAUGGUUUCUAUUGCAAAUGUCGCUUUUUAUUAUUUUUGAUAUUUUCGUGUAAACACUUCUGACAAAAAGUGCCCAUCACGAGCAAGAAAUUACGAUGCCGCUUUGGACUCGAACGAGCGGACGAAAAUGGAGCGUUAGCAGCGUAUUUAGCAGGUCAAGCACCGGAACGGUGAGAGAUUUUCCUCGCAUGUCAUGCGCGCUCGAUGGCACUCGAGUCUGGCAUCAAAGUAAGUAGCCCAUAACCACCUGCCUUCUACUUGCCAUAACGAGCCUCCCCCACAACACAAAGGAAAUCUUUCACGGCGCUGAUGGAAUCGCCAGUGAAAACUGCGUACCGAGAAAUGCGCGAACGGUUAGUUGCGUGGGAACCGGCGAAAGAGCAACGUCGUGCGUGCUCUAUAUAGUUCUAUAUACCAAGUUUUCCUUCGUUUCGUCAAAAUAUAUUUGAGGAACGUUUAUCGAUCGUUCGCGAUUACACCCGACGACAAUGGCGAGGUGAAACGAAUCGCAGCGAGGCAUGUCAACGGACACCAGUCGCCAGACCUCUCAGAAGGCGAUGCUUGAAACCAGCAGGAGAUCCGCCAUAAGUACAUCCGAGCUAGGGCUUUAUUCUGAUCGCGGUGAUCGAUAUAACAGGAGCCGUUACGGUUUAAUUGUGAGGAAACUUGCGAUCGGAGUUAUGGCGGUGGUAACAGUGAUAUUGGUGGCGAUAUUUAUGUACGAUUUCACGUCCGUCACGUCGGGGAACAGUAAAUUCAAUCAGGAAACCAAACACAUAUACGUGCUGCAGAAUGCUCUCAAAAAAUUACCGAAUCCUCCGAAAAAGUCGAACUCCACGAUCCUGCCCGAGGUCAGGUUCAAUCGUACGGACGAUCUCCCCAUGGAGGAUCGUUCGGACGACGAGAACUACGAGAAUCUCGUGCAGCGAAAUGCAACGGACGAUAUAGCGCUACCGUUCGAGACAGGCAUCGCGAAAGCGAACGGGCCCGAGAUGAGAGCGCAGAAUCUGCACAAUUUCAAGCAGCGGAAGAGAGUGCUGAAGUCCAUGGAAGAGGCCGAUGAAAACGAGGAACCGGAGGCCAAGCAGUUGUUCGACAAUCAUGCGAUCGUUUAUCGCGUGAGACAGAGGCACAAACGUCCUCCGUUCGACUCCGACGAGAGCGCGGAGGAUCCGCGACCCACGCCGUUUCACUGGGAAUUCAAGACGCCGCAGCCGACGUCGUUCAAACGGCCGAGGUAUCCGCAGCUGACGCAAUACCGAUACCCGCAUUCGUCCAGGAGCAUCCAGGACAUCAUCAAGUAUCUGACGAACAACGAGGUGUCGAACCGCGGCAUCAAGUUCACCGGCGUCUACGUGAACCCGAAGAAGUACGACCUGAGACUUGUAAACUUUUUUGCGAAUAAGGUGAUCCUUGUUCCCAAAGAGAUGGAAUGA